CGACAUGUUGUUUACUACUCGUUCUACUGCGAGGCUUCUCCGAGUCUCGUCUUCAACGAUGGCGACACAAUGGACGCAGCGAUGCUUCGCUUCCGGUAUGGCGGACGCCGUCGGAACACUGGAGGGACAGCACUUUAUGUCGAUUGAUCAACUAAGCAAGACCGAGCUACAGGGUCUCUUGGACGUUGCGCACCACUAUAAGGCACAAUACGCGACACAAACCGCCAACACGCCGCGUCCAUUGGCUGGACAUUCCAUGUCCAUGAUCUUCCAAAAGCGCUCGACGCGCACGCGGGUCAGUUCCGAGACCGGCAUGGCCCUGCUUGGCGGACACGCGCUCUUCCUGGGACCCUCCGACGUACAACUCGGCGUCAACGAAUCCAUGCGGGACACCGCCAACGUACUCGCCCGUUUUAAUUCACUCAUUCUCGCCCGAGUCUUUGGACACGCCGACGUCACGGAACUCGCCAAGUACAGUGCCGUGCCCGUCAUUAACGCCCUUUCCGAUCGACACCAUCCGUUGCAGACCUUGGCGGAUCUCAUGACCCUCCAACAGCAUUUCGGGAAGGACAAACUCCGGGGCAAGACUGUGGCCUGGGUUGGUGACGGCAAUAAUGUGUUGCACGAUCUCAUGCUCGGAUCGGCCCUUUUGGGUAUGAAUGUCAACAUCGCUACGCCUACCGGCUACGAACCCGACGCCCAGAUACUGGAAACGACUCGGGGCUUUGCCGCCGCCGAAGGCAUGAAGGUGCAAACCACGACGGUCGCUGCCGAAGCUGUAAAAGACGCACACGUGGUAGUCACCGAUACUUGGGUCAGUAUGGGACAGGAAGAGGAAUACGCCAAGCGCGUAGCCGAAUUUGACGGCUACCAGGUCAAUAAGGCUCUCAUCAGUCACGCUUCGCCGGAUGCCGUCUUUUUGCAUUGUCUACCGAGGCAUCCGGAAGAAGUGGACGAUGAAGUCUUUUAUUCCGAACGGUCCCUCGUUUUUCCAGAAGCAGAAAAUCGAAUGUGGACCGUCAUGGCGGUCAUGGCGGCGCAAUUGGGCAAAGUCGAGUAAGCGGACACCAAACGCCGUUGGUGAGCGUUGGUGCUAUCUAUGCCGUGACCAGUUUAAGGACGGGGCAAGGGAUAAACGGUACAUAAAUUGCAUUUACAGU